AUGGUCAACGGGGACAUGGCAUCCAAGAGAAGACGGUUCUUGUUGGCUACGCUUGCAGUACUCAUAGCAACCAUCGACCUCAAGCCUACCAUACAGGCGUCCUACCAGACUCCGGUUAUGGAAGCGGUGGAUACUCUCCGGCAUACCUACGAUAAACCCACGGAGCUGUGUAUGGAGACUCGAAUUCAGCUGCGAAGACUGGACUAUCGCCUUUCUCAUAACGCCUACUUGCUCAUCACUACGCACUUUAUCUUCCUGAGCUGGUUCCUCGGUGCUGUCAAUUCAGCAAUUUUACGUUCGCACCUUUUCACAAUUUCGAAAAUAUACGCAUUACCAUGGAGUUCAAGUGGUCUCGGGUUUGUCAUGAUGGGCUACAUGCAUGGAAGACGGAAGUAA